AUGCUGUCGCGACCUAUUCUGAGAGGCCGCAUUGGCAAGUGGGUGCUGGCCUUAUCCAAGUUCUCGCUACAAUACAUUCCACAGAAAGCAGUCAAGGGUCAAGCCAUCGCGGACUUUUUGGCACAUCACCCGAUGCUAGACGUCCCCGCGGUGAGAGAUUUGGAGGUUGCAGUAACAACUGUGGAUCGCCCGGAUCUGGCGCGCAUUCCAGAAUAUGCUGUCUGGUACCAUGCCACAGUCUCACUCCAGCCCUGGAUAUUGUAUUUUGACGGCUCAAGAACGGAUACACUAGCAGGGGCAAGGGUUGUCUUGGAAAACCCAGCUGGCGAUCGUUUUUCUUACUCUUUCCAGUUGGAGUUCAAGUGCACCAAUAACCAGGCAGAAUACGACGCCCUCAUUAUAGGUCUAGAAGUGUUGCUGGAACUAGGACUGAGAGACGUCCAGGUACGCAGCGAUUCUUUGCUCGUGAUCAAUCAGCUCCGUGAGAAGUACAGGUGUAUCAGUUGCUUACUCGUACCAUAUUUGAGUCGCGCCGUUGAACUUCUGGACCAAUUUGAUGACGCGGAUUUAGAAUACAUUCCUCGCGAGCGCAACUUUGCGACCAAUGAACUCGCUCAACUGGCUACAGGCAUUACUUUGAAAUACGGGGUUCGCCAGCGAAUCCUGAAGGUUGAGCGACGCACACUGCCUUCGUGGCUCGCCCGACCUGACCCGCCUGACGAUCCGGUCGUCGCGGUCCUAGAGCCUGUUGACGUAGAUUGGCGCAUCCCUUUGAUAGAUUACCUCACACAGCCUGAUCCCACUGCAGACAUGAAGAUCCGUUUUCUGGCACUAAAUUACUUCCUCAGAGGUGAUGAGUUGCGAUGA